AUAACAUUAAAAGGGUAGUACUUAAGUUACAAUUACUGAGCAACCCCAAGUUCUGAGUUCAGUGCGGCCCUGCGGGUCGCUAUCAACCCAUGUGGGAGCCAUGGCAGAUGUAUGCAAAGCUGCGAACAAAUUUUUGUUUAUUUUACCCUUUUCCAUGUAGAUAUUUGAAGCAGAAAGCUCCUCUGUACAUGGUGAAGACGUUCUGGAUUGGGCUUCGACUGUCCGAGGGGGCUUCUUGUGAUAGGGCCUUCGGCCAGGCCGGCAGACUUGGUUCAUUACCUUCCCAAGGAAAAAGGAAUGACUAUCUGAAUAGAACAGAUUCCUCCUGCAUGAUGAUGAUAGUUUCCCAUAUUCUUAAAAGAAUAGACGGUGGGGGAUCAAAAUCAGAAAUGGCAGAGGCUGUGGUAAACGUUGUGAUUCAAAAUUUGAUCCCCUGGCUUGUGCAUGAAGGAACCUUCCUAAGAGGAAUCCAUGGAGAUAUAAGUGAAGUUAUAGAUGAGCUGCAAAGCAUUCAAUCCUUCAUCAAGGAUGCAGAUGAAAAGGCAGAAAAAGAUGAAGAUGAGAUCAGCUACAGUGCUAAAACAUGGGUGAAAAAACUGCGCGAGGUAGCUUAUCAGAUUGAAGAUGUGACAGAUAGUUAUGUGCUUCAGAUAGCCACAGAAGCAGCAGACUGCGAGCAGUGUCAUCCGAAACUAUUGGGGUCUGUUGCACGGUUAAUGUGCUGGAUUGUGAGACUAAAACCUCGGCAUGAGAUGAGACAACAGAUUAUUCAGGUUAAACAGAGAAUCAAUGGUAUCAAAGAAGAUGGCAAGAGCUAUGGGUUCAGCAGAAGCUCCUCUUCAUCAGUUCUGGUUAGGAGUAGUACUAUCGAGUCAAGACACGACCGUCGUGCGAGUUCAUUAUUCAUUGAGGAGGCUGAAGUUGUAGGAAUCGAAGGCGACAGAGAACAUUUGGUUGACUGGUUAGUGAAUGGAGAAACAAAACGUGCUGUGUUUUCUAUUGUGGGUAUGGGUGGACUUGGGAAGACAACUCUUGCCAGAAAAGUAUAUGACAGUCAGAUUGUCAUCAACCACUUUAGCAAUCAAGCCUGGGUAACAGUUUCACAAAGUUACAAGGUAGAGGAACUUCUAAAGAAAACUCUUAAGCACUUCUACAAGAAAAGGAAAGAGUCUCCUCCUCCACAGAUUGAAAAUAUGGAUGAAACUCUACUCAUGUUCGAACUUAGAGAAUAUCUGAAACAAAAGAAAUAUAUGGUUGUUUUUGAUGAUGUGUGGUCGGUAGAAUUCUGGGAAUUCAUAAGGCAUGCUCUGCCUGAUGAUAAUAGUCAAGGCAGCAGGGUAUUAAUCACGACACGCUAUAAAGAAGUUGCUCAUUCAUGUAAAACUUCGUCUUAUGAUCGAAUAUACAAGCUAAAUCGGUUACCGGAGGAGAAAGCCUUGGAGCUGUUUUGCAAAAAGGUAUUUUAUUAUGCUGGUUCUAGCUCUAAUGAUGUAAUACAAGUUCCGUCAGAGUUGAAGGAGUUGGCCAACAAUAUUGUGAGGAGAUGUGAAGGCUUGCCACUGGCAAUAGUUGCAAUUGCAGGUUUACUGUCAACUAAAAGAAAAGAGGUGAUUGAAUGGCAGGAGCUUGAAAAAAAUCUUGGUUCUGAACUGCUAACAAAUCUUCACCUCUCAAGUAUGACCCGGAUUUUGUCUCUGAGCUACUACGAGCUGCCAUACUAUCUGAAACUGUGUCUCUUGUACUUUGGGAUGUUGCCUGAGGAUUACUCAAUAAGACAUGCAAGACUGAUACGACUAUGGAUAGCAGAGGGUUUUGUGAAAGGAGUAAGAGGGAAGUCUGUGGAGCAGGUUGCAAAGGAAUACCUGGUGGAGCUUAUAAACAGAAGCUUGGUUCAAGUGUCAAGACUAGAUGUUGAUGAAAAAAUAAGAACAAUUAGAGUGCAUGAUUUGAUGCGUGAAAUUAUCCUCUCAAAGUCUGAGGAAUUGAGAUAUGGUCAUGUAUGGACAGAUGAAAACAGCUCAAGUUGCUUUGAUCAUUUGGCACGGCGGCUAUCAAUCCAUGGAUCAUGCACCAAUGACAAUUUCCUCAAGAACACUGGUAACGGUAAUGGUAAUGGUAAUGGUAAGUGUGGGACUCGUUCCCUCCUGAUUUUUGAUGUUGACAAACUGCCAGAUUCUGUACUCCGUUCAUACAUGAAAAUGUUCAAGCUUCUGAAAGUGCUUGAUCUGUUAGAUGCACCCAUAUCUUUUCUUCCUGAACAAGUUGGAGAUUUGUAUCACCUUAGGUACCUAAGUCUAAGAAACACAAACACAAAACAACUUCCAAACUCCAUCGGUAGGCUACAUAACCUACAGACUUUGGAUCUAAAGUGCUCCUGUGUUCACGCGCUACCUGCUGAAGUGAAACGAUUGCAUAAUCUGUUGUAUCUUAUUGGUUAUUGCUACGAUUAUGAGACUGAUUUCAGUAUAAGCGCACAGAGAGGAUUGAAGUUGAAAAAGGGGUUUGGUCGACUACAAAAUCUUCAAAAGCUCUACCUUGUAGAGGCUAAUCAUGGGAUAACUGUACUUAAAGAGUUGAGAAAGCUGAAGCAAUUGAGGAAGUUGGGGAUCACCAAGCUGCCAACACAAAAUGGGAAAAUCCUAUGUGAGUCCAUAGCUUCGAUGACCCACCUUCAGUCUCUUGAAGUUUGUUCAGAAGGUGAAAACGAGACGUUGGAUCUACAGUUUAUGUCAUCCCCUCAAUUCCUUCAACGCCUCUACUUAAAAGGUCGGCUACAGAAGAUACCUGACUGGAUUCCCAAGCUCAACAAUCUUGUUACACUAAGUAUAAUGUGGUCCGGUCUCAUGAUUGACCCACUUCACAUCCUCCAGCACCUGCCUAUCUUAUCUGAACUUGUAUUCCAGGACACAUUUCUCGGCCAACAACUGGUUUUUGAAGCUCACGGAUUUCAAAAGCUGAAGAUUUUAAAGCUCUACGACAUGAACACGUUGACAAAUCUGACAAUAGAGAAGGGGGCAUUGCCUUCAGUGCAACUCCUUAAAAUUGGUCCUAUCCCAAAGUUAAACAGUGUUCCCACAGGAAUCCAAUAUCUAACAGACCUUGCUUCUCUUCGCUUUUAUGAUGUGUCCAAGGAAUUCGCACUCAGACUACUUCCACAUCAAGGACAAGACUUUUGGGUGGUUCAACACGUUCAAACACUGCUUUUCCAUUUCCAGAUACAUGGGGAACGUUACAAGACCUGUACGCUCAAUGAACUGGAUUUCCUCUGCAAGUGAGAGUCUUUUAUUAUAACUGUUUUUUUUCUUUCAAUCUUUCUUAGACCGGUUGCAUGGUUUUACUCGUUCGUUAGGAAUGAGGUUUUACAUGUAACAAAAAAUAUGUAUUUUACAAGUUGUUUUCUAAUUAAGGGGCCUUUAAUGGUUCCACCUUCUAAGUUUGUGUGAAUUAGCCGAACUUAGAAUAUCAAUGAAAUAUCUGGAAAAAUUGAGGAGUG